AUGCAGACGACUUCGUGGAUGACUUCUACUGGGCAGCAAAGCUUCGUCAUCAACACAAAGAGCAAUAUCGCGAUCGUCCUGUUACUCUUCGUCGCGACGUCGGCGAGCCUCGCUAUAUGUCGCAAGGACGAUCAAACAACCACCACGACUACAGAAAAGUCCCUCGAUCGGGGAAAACGUGUCCAGGAUUCGGACGAGAAGACAAACGACACCUUGCAGAGGAACGUUCGAGGGUCAGAUUCAGCGAAAUCGAUAGGAAAACGUUUCGAUCCUUACAACGAACCCGCGGAGACAACGCAAACGGACGCUGAACACCUAGACGAGUCCCUGCACGCCGAGCAUCUGGACGAGGGUAAGGCCUUCUCCGGCGAGUCGUUCCAUUCGGACCAAGAUGAUCCUUCAAAGGAGCAGGUUCUCGGUCACGACGUGCUCGAGGACGUGCACAAGAUGGUGACGGUAAUAAAGAAGGUGGCGGUACCGUUCCCGGUGGUGAAGAACGUUCCUUACCCGGUCGUCAAGAACAUCCCUUACCCCGUCAAGGUUCCGGUACCGCAACCCUAUCCGGUGGAGAAACAAAUACCAUAUCCCGUGAAGGUUUUCGUGAAGGUACCGGUGAGGAUUCCCAAACCGGUACCAGUGAUCAAGGAAGUACCGUAUCCGGUCCAGGUACCGGUAGAUCGUCCAGUACCGGUCAAGGUUUAUAUCCCAGAACCGUAUCCGGUCGAGAGGAAGGUCCACUAUGGGGUGAAGGUGCCUGUGCCGGAACCAUUCCCUAUCGAACGUAAAAUACCGGUACCGAUCAAGGUUCCAAUACACGUGGCACAACCGUACCCAGUCGAUAAGGUGGUCCAUUAUCCUUUGAAGAUCGAAGUGGAACGACCGAUCCCAGUGCCUGUACCCAAACCUUAUCCCGUACCAGUGGAGAAACCCGUACCUUAUCCGGUCGAGAAGCCUGUGCCAGUUCCAGUAAGGAUCGAAGUGCCUCGACCGGUGCCGGUACCAGUCGAUAAACCGGUUCUCGUCAGGGUGAAGGUCAAGGUACCGGCACCCUAUCCAGUCGAGAAACACGUACCGUACGCUGUGGAGAAACCUGUGCCAGUACCCGUGAGGGUGCUGGUCGACAGACCCAUACCCGUACAGGUGGCCAAACCUGUGGCUUAUCCCGUCGAGAAACCGGUACCUUAUCCUAUCAAAAUACCGGUCGAGAUACCGAAUCACCACGACGAAGGCGUCAUCGAGUCCUCCGCCUACGAGCAUCACUCUUGGAAGCGGAGAAUCGAUAACAGACCUUGGCAAAGCGUCGUCGUCGCGAUCCUGUGCCUGUCGAUAGCUCUGACGUGUUCGGCCACUCGAAAAGAGGACUUGGAGAGGGCCGCGGAGUUGGCGGUGGAGAAGGCAGCCGAAAGGGCCGCUGAAAGGGCAGUGGAGAAAGCCCUGGAGAGCGGGAACACUACCACGGAGUCGAAAACCGUGAAAGACACCCACACGAGCAUCAGGAAGACACCGUACUACGAAGAAUCCACUACCUCCGAAGAAUUCAGAGGCAAGAACGAGUCUCUUCGACACUCCUGCGAGGAAGACAAAGAGGACACGCGGGAUGACACCGAAGACUGGACGAAGUUCUCGAGGAGACUCAAGUCGAGUCCUUUCGAGGGCUGGUCCAGCCGAAUGGAUUGGAAGAGAUUCCCCAGAAGCGAAUGGGCUCCCGAGGCCUCUCCGUGGGUGAAGCCCAAAGUGAUAACGAUAGAGAAGAAGGUUCCGGUGCCGGUUACCGUCGAGAAUAAGGUGCCCUAUCCUCUGUACAAACCCGUCCCCUACGAGGUGAAGGUCCCGGUGCCCCAACCGUACACGGUGGAGAAGAAGGUACCGUUUCCCGUGAAGGUGUUCGUGAACGUACCGGUCGAGGUGCCGGAGCCCUACAUCGUGGAGAAGAAAGUGCCGUACGAGGUGAAGGUCGAUCGACCGGUACCGUACAAAGUCGAGGUUCCCGUCCCGCAACCGUACACCGUCGAGAAAAAGAUACCGGUGGAGGUGAAGGUGGCGGUGCCGCAGCCAUACCUGGUCGAUAAGGCAGCACCCUACGAGGUGAAGGUGCCCGUCAAAGUCCCGGAACCGUACGAGGUGGAGAAGAAGGUGCCUGUGCCGGUUAAGGUCCUCAUCGAUCGACCUUAUCCAGUGCCAGUGCCCAAACCGUACCCCGUGCUCGUCGCCAAACCUUACCCAGUACACGUGGCCAAACCUUAUCCCGUCAAGGUCAAGGUGCCGGUCGAUGCACCUUACCCGGUGCCCGUAGAGAGCCCCGUACCCGUUCCAGUCAAAGUCCCAGCCCCCGAACCCUACGUCGUGGAGAAACCUGUCCAGGUGGAAGUGAAGAAACCCUACGCCGUGCCGGUCAAAGUGCCGGUGGACAGGCCCUACGAGGUGUACGUGUCGAAACCGGUACCCGUCCCGGUGGAGAAACCUUUUCCCUAUUGGGUGCAGGUGCCGGUACCGGUGAACUCUGACUGGAACGGAGGCGGAGGUCACGGGUUCCACGACAGAGACGGCUCCGCCGGGAAAGAAAAGCGAUCGGGAACCGGUAACGGAUCCACGAGGCCCGGUAGACCUCGCAGAAGGUUUCGUCACUGA